AUGCGACCGGCUCUCCUUCGACUGCUGAGGAGGCCCUUCGCCGUCUCAACCCUCGACGCCCUCGCCGCGACCUCUAUUGGGAUCGAGCAAUUGGAGUUUGAUUACACGCGCCUGCGCGGUCAACCACAAUGCUUGCGACACUUUUCGAGUGCCAAUGAUGCCAGCGCUCGCCCUGCUGAGCGCAAACAGUGGCCACGGCGGCGUACGACCGACAAGAGGCGACCUUUGAGCUUUCCCAUCCAUGAGAUUGAAAUACCGACAGGCGCCGAUGCGAUAGCACCACCACGGCCACCUUCACAUAAACAUUAUUCCGAAAACGAAAGAAUACUCGAUACCCCUGCGAAGGCUUUGCAAUUAAACCCGGAGCGGCUGGAGUUCGAGUCGAAUGUUGGACACACCCAUGAUCUUGGGACGCGGUUAGUGGACCAGCCGGAGCAUUCGAGUGAUUUUGAGCUCUGGGAAGAGCUCCUCCAUCAUCGGCAACGGAAAUAUGGAGAUCAAGGCACACAAGAGAUUUGGGAGGGAUUGACAGUUCGCUUGCAAGGGCUUCAAUUACCCGUCACUGGACCCCGGGCAGAUUUCUUCUGGAAAUGCUUUGUGGGUCUUGGGCUGAGGCGCGAGAUAUAUCUUACUAGCGUGCUCCAACAUGCAAUUGAUAUCUACCAGCGUCAAGGCAUCAGCUGGCCGCAUUUGUAUGAAAGUGUGGUAGGUAAACUAUUGGAUCAAGGCCGCACCAGACAAGCUUCCGCAAUACAUCGAAUGCUGCAACGAUCAGGGCUGGCUCAACCAAAUGACCUCAUAAGGGUGCUUAAGCAGGUCUUCCAUCCUGCAUGUCUGCCAAUAUCUAAAGAUUCGCCAAACCUGAUAACUACUCAACGGCAGACAAUCGCUUUCGGGCAGACUGCCUUCAAAGCUAUGUGCCGCUGCGCACCGGGUCAUCGUAUCUACGGUCCGGUAAUCUCGCAUUUAAUGCAGAAUGGUUAUGGAGAAUAUGCGCUGAGAAUGCAUGAAUUCCUGGUGAAACACGAUGACCAUCCGCAAGCAGCCGAGGAAAUGCUAGACCUUUGGGAAUACGUCAAAAGGCAUGGCAGUGAACGAGAAUUCGAUGCCAUCCGAGACUAUGCCGAAGAAAGAGAAUUCGAAAAAUUCAACAUCGAUGCGUCCAUGACCGAUGAGACAGCAUCAACAGGGCACAAAAAAGAGAUAGAAGGCAAGAGAUACAACGACGACAUCGGUGCGAAAUUGAUAUCUACGCCGCCCUUCAACUUGGAAUGGGUUAUUGGGGCUCUCAAAAUGCUCGGCAUCUCAGCAAUCGGACCCCGUACUAUUCGUGAAGUUACCAUCAGAGCUAACGGCAGCAAGGAGAUCCUUGAUAGAAUCAAUCUGAUUCGGGGAUCCGGAAUCACGAUCGAAGACUCCAUCUUUCCAAGUCUGGUUGAGAAGCUUGCCAGACAGCACCGCAGCAUCCUACUUUCCGAUUUACUGCAUAGUGAUCAACACCCCGAUGUCCUGGCAGACGUGAAGAUCCAAGAAUCGUUCCUGGUGUCGCACUACAUGACCCAGGACUGGCGCCAGUAUAACUUGGCGCAGGCGGUGUUGGCAGAGCAUUUCCCGGGGUCGUCAGGUCUUUUGGAUCUACACUUCCGCAAGCACAUUGCAGCUGGGGAAUAUGAUGCAGCUUCCAAGGUAGUGGAUGAGGUUGCCAUACAUGGCCAAAAGUUGAGCGAGGAGAGUGUGGAUUUUCUGGCAGAAAAAGUCCUGACAUCUCGUCAACAGACCAAAGCCCCUUCCCCGGGCAAACAGUUAUCAGCUAAAGAUGAGGUGAUGUUUGUCUUUCGGGUUCUGCAACGCGUGGUGCCAGCAGGGAGCUAUGUCAGUGCGUCAUUUUGGGUUGAGUUGCUGAAGCGACUCGGCAUGGAUGAUAAUUGGGAUGAACUUCGCGAAGUGUGCCAUUGGUUGGUUCGCGAGUACUCAUUUAGUCCCCUCGCGGAGCCUUCGUUGUUCUCCUCGAAAUUGCAACCUACGGGGCGAGACGGCCGAAUUCUCAGUCGGAUAUUUACCGCGAGAAUGCAGGCGGCGAUUGUCACCUGGGGAUUCCGACCGCGCAUCGACGAAAAUGUCGUCGGCAAUCAAAAGCAUUACUACAAACACCCGACUACUGGCCAAAGGCCGACUACUGGCCAAAGGUACAUCCUUUGGGUGCGAGGCAUCCUUCUUCUUCGAGACUUGAGCAAUGCUGGCCUGAAAGUCAAAGCAGACUGGGUCCGACGAGCAACUCGUCACCGGUUGGCCACUUUGUUCAGCGAGUAUUCACCCUCGGCCAGGCGAGUGAACCGGACCCUGCGACGAAUGUGUCCAUUUACUCUGCAAGAAGUGAUUGCAGAUGCCAAACGUGCUUGGGGUGAUGAAUAUUUGUUCCGUGGACAUGAGCACUCGCGGUCUCCCCGGUGGCUGGCAAAUCCAUAUCGUACGAGGAGCAGUCUCCGGCGUUCUUCAAACGUCGUACUCUCGCGGCGAGAAAUGGGGGGGACUACGUGA